GGAUGUGACCCACACUGGUCAGCUAUCACCCAGGUACAUACUGCUAGUGAACAGGGACAGCUGGUGUCAUAAGGCAGCAUGCCCCAAUGUUUCCACCUGUACCGGGGAUCGAACCAUGGACCUGUGCAUGAGCUGAGUUCAAUACCAACUGAGCUUUCUGUGAACACUAAAAAGGAUGUUGCCAUGGUUUUAUUGAGCCACAGAGUUAAGAGAAGUAAUUACCAAGAAUUUUUCUGAGAUUUCCAAGGAACAAUACACAAAACUCUCACUGCUUGAAAAGUGUAUGUGUGCGAUAGUGUUUUCAAUACAAGUGGGGAGACCAGGUCUCCAAAAUCUUUCCAAGGCUUCCAGAGUGCAGCUGAGCAGACACUCUAAAUGCAUUAAGUGAUUCACAUGAAGUGUUAGUUAAAUAAUUCAUAAUAAAACUUUAGUUAUGCUGAUAAACUAUCUUCAGUGGUAAUUAGUGGCUUAUCACAAUGCUACCCAUCAAGUGGAAGUGCCUACCUUGGUGCUUGAGAUUGGGUCUUCAUCCAGUAGUAGAGUGAAUGUCUAAAAGUGGCAUUCUGUGGAAGGGUUUAGUGGUAAAUUGAUUAUAUAUUGAUUAUAACUCUGUGGAAGGUGCUAUAAAGUACCCCAGUGGAAGUAAGCCAUACUGCUUAUUGUCUUGAAUUAUUUCAUGUUAUUAACCCUACAUAACGAACCUCAGGAGUUACUAAUCUGAAGGUUUUCUUUUUCCUCCACCUCCUCCUUCCUUGGAUCAAAUUGCAUUACAGCCAAUUCCCCAGGUGUUGUAUAACCUUUACAGGUUAAGUGCUUGCCCCUGAAUCUAAUAAAAAUAUGGACCAUUAUGAGUGAGAUGCUGCAUUCAUGACAUUAAGAGUGAAAUGCUGCAUUCUCUGUAUUAGAAUCACAACCGAGAUCAGUCACAUCUUGAGCAACAGAUGAAAAGACAUCUUUGCAUGUGAUUACAUACUUUAGAAGAAACUUUUUAAAGGUAAAGUGUAGAUUUUUUUCUGAAAAUAGCAAUAUGUCACUGCUUGAUACUCAUAGUAUACGAGAUGAGUUGUAACAUUUUUGCAGUCAUGGGAAAUGAUCACUUCAUUUCCAGUGGUUCAAACUUUUACAAGAGGAAUCAUAUAGGUGACUAAUCCUUGACCAUGAUAGUAUAGUGUGAAAAUGACUGUAUGUCAUGAUAAUGCUUCCACUAUGUAAAGAAUAACACAUGAAAUACUAUGGGGAAUAUUCAGAGCCAUUUAAGGUGUUCAGUCAAAUCUGUUGACCUAUCUGAACCUACAGUAGACUCAACUGUUGCUACUUAUGUUCCCCACCUACCCUGUACAGUAGAAAAAUCUGUAGAACUGCUGAUAACAAAGCCUUCUGGGAGUUAUACACCACCACUGACUUCUCAGAUAGAAAACAUGGCACUUAAUUUUACAACUGAAGCUGACAAGAACCAGAAAAUCACAAACAGUUCACCAUGUGGGCCAAUAGAAGCUUCUGGAAGCCAUCAAACUCCAAGCAGUUCACUGCCUGUAUCAACAAAAGCUUCUGGAAGCCAUCAAACUCCAAGCAGUUCACUGCCUGCAUCAACAAAAGCUUCUGGUAGCCACCAAUUUCCAAACAGUUCACUACCUGCAUCAACAAAAGCUUCUGGAAGCUGUCAAACUCCAAGCAGUUCACUGCCUGCAUCAACAAAAGCUUCUGGAAGCCAUCAGACUCCAAGCAGUUCAUUUCUUGCAUCAACAAAAGCUUCUGAAGGGCAUCAAACUACAAGCAGUUCACUGCCUGCAUCAACAAAAGCUUCUGGAAGCUGUCAAACUCCAAGCAGUUCACUGCCUGCAUCAACAAAAGCUUCUGGAAGCCAUCAGACUCCAAGCAGUUCACUGCCUCCAGCAACAAAAGCUGAUGAAAGCCACGAAACCCCAUUAAGUCUUUUAUUUACUUCGGUCACAGCUGGUGAGAGCAACUGUAUACCGUCUGUACCAGCCCAAGAUGGGUUGACUUGCCCUUCUCAAACAAAUUGUGGUCCAUUAACAACAGAAGAUGAAAAUGUGCUCAAAUAUUUUGCCAUGUUAAGGAGAACAGGACCUGCAGCUUCUGUAAUGGCAAAGGUUUCUCGUAGGCUGUAUGGUGGUGGGCAACAGAGUGUGAAGGAUUUCUACACAAGUACCUUAGGCUUUAAUAAUUCUCAGUACAGGAAGGUGUUUUCUCAUCAUGAAAGAGAGGCCUUUGAAGCUAAUGUAGACUGGGAGACGUUGGAUAUAACCUGUACAUAUAAACUUUUACAGCAUGUGUGUGGUUUAGCACCCAUCUCUGACGCUAAGUGGAGUAAUCCAGAGCCUCAGGAUGUAGAGGGACUCGAGCAUAUUCUGUUCUCUGUUAAAGGAGAGAGAAAUUUCUUGGCACAUGAAGCUGUGGUUUUAACAUGUGAGGGAUUUCAAACUCGAUCAGAGAAACUGGAGUUGCUUCUAGAAAAAGCAUUGAAAAAAACAAGUUGCAUUACUGGAGAGGAUUAUAAUGAGGACAUUAGGAUAAUGAAGGAAACAAUAAAUGAUAUUAAAAAAUCCAAGACAAAACUUUCUCUACAGAACUAUCAGAAAGAGCUGCAAGAUUUUCUACAUGAUCUUGUCAGUAAAAUAAUUAUAAAUUCUCAAAGUGAGCUUGGGAAAAUUUACCGCGAAUUAUGGCAAGAAGACAGCGUUUGGUGGCAAUUUGGCAAUAGUUCCCAGAGCCCACGGCUGGAGCAAAUUUUCACUACAUUAACUAUAAUGACUAAGAACAGCUGUGUUGUACCUGUGCUUGAAAUCUUAGAGCAUAAAUUGCCUAAUGGUUCUCUUCCAAGACUGGUGAUCCUUGAAGGUAUAGCGGGCAUGGGAAAAAGUCAUAUCUGCAAGUAUAUUCUGAACUGCUGGGCUUCCAGAAGCAGUAACAUGAAUGCUGUUGUGAGUAGUAUUGAUAUUUUGAUUUAUAUUCAGUGUUACUCAGUGGCUUCCAGUUCUUUGAAUGAAUUCCUAAGGGAAGAGAUACUGAAAGAAACUUGCAAGGGGCUAAGGCAUGAAGACGUUAUCUGCACCCUGAGGGAAUGUCGUCUUUUAUUCAUCAUAGAUGGGUUAGAUGAAGCUGGGAUACAGGCAAAAUAUAUAAUACGAGAAGUUAAUGCUAAAUUUCCAGCUAGUAGAGUUAUGCUAACUUGUAGGCCAGAGUACACAAAUGAAGCCAAGAGGAUAUUUUCAAAAAAUGGCAAAAACAUUGAUGUUUUGUACGUGAAAGGGUUCAGCACACCACAACAAAAAGAAUAUAUUACUAAACUACUGUCUGUGGUGGAGGAAAAUACAUGUAAGCGUGAAGAAAUGAUUCAAGAGUUAUUCAGUCACUUGCAGACAUUGGAGCAUAAGUUAUACUCAUUACUAAAUUUGCCACUGACCAUGAUGUUGAUGACUCUCUUGUGGAUACAGGACAAAACCUCAUUCACAGGUGCUGUCACAAAUACUCAUAUUCUUAAGCAAUCGGUAGAACUGGGUAUCAGACGGCUUGUAGAGCACUUAAAUAAAAGAGCAGAGGAAACGAGACAUGUUAUGUUAAUAGAACAGGCAUGCCGACAGUGGCUUCGUUGCUUGGCUGAAGUGGCGUGGGAAGCACUGCAUGACAACACUCAGAUUCUUAAUGAUGACAGAUGGAAUACAAAACUUCUUUCAGAAGCUAAAUGUCUUGACUUAGAUCCCAUUUAUGCUUUGUCUUCAUUUUUAAUCUGUACAUCUCGUGAAAAUGCAUUUGGGAGCCAACUCAUUUGGGAGUUCCCUCACAAAGCCUAUCAGGAAUAUCUCUCUGGUUAUUACUUAAGUGAAGAGCAAGUUCCACAUGAAAAGCAAAUUCCACGUAUAAUUCUUGAACCACAAGGUAGUUCUUUCCCUAGAAUUCUUGAACCACAAGCCAAUUUUCGCAGUAGAAACUUUUCAAAGAUUUCUUUAUCUAGAGAUUAUAAUCCUUCACCUGUAAAAAGUAGAGCUCCAAGGUUAAGAGGAUGCUCCUUAAAAUUGAGAUGCAUCUGGGCACCAUUUAUUAAUGCCAAAUGUCUUUCAUCAUCACAAGACGAACUUAAUUCUGAUAUUACAAGUGAGGUUAGUCGAGGUGUUACUGUCAGCAAUAGUGUAAAUAGUAGCAUAUAUGAUACAUCUAAUAAUAUCAGUGAAGAGGAAUACACAAUGAAUGACAUGAAUGUCAACUUUUUGCAGGAAAGUAAAAUAAAGCAAGCACUCUUCUGUUUAAUUGCCAUUGAGAUUUCUAAAGAACCAUGUGACAUUAACAGAAUUGCAAAUAUUGUGGAAAGAAUUGAUUUGAACAUAAUGUUCGACCCACUGGUUGACUGGUCACGGAUUGUAAGAGAAUGUGCUGAAAACGAAGUUGUAUGUAGAUUGGUUCGACCUUAUCUUCAGAAGCAUAACACGAUACAGCUUAGUGGAUAUCAGAUAUCUCAGACCCUGCCAGCUGUGAAGUAUCUGAUGGAGACAACAGGAUUUGUACCUGAAUCACUUUCUGUUUCACUUAGCAAUGAUGAUACUUUUUCAGAUAUUUUACCCUCUCUCUUGGCCUCUCUGGCAACAUUGUCAGUAUACACAAGCAUUGAAUGUCCACUGCAUCAUUGUUUGAAUUUGUAUCAGUGUUUGACUCAGCAAGAAACUCUAGAUUAUAUACACAUCAUUUUAAACCUAGAUUCUGACAUCAUUAUGCAUGACAGUAAUACUGGCGAGUUAAGUGAGUUUGUCCAGUUGCUACAGUAUCUUGAAGAAAAACACUCAAAAUUAAGAUUGAAUUUAACAGUGAAUGAUAUACAGAGUGCAGAAAGCUUUGUAAAAUGUUUUGCCAAUAUAACAAUGCCCAAAAGUGUUGAACUUAGCAUACUUUUUCUUUGCUUCACACCUCUGUUGGAUCAGUCUUUGCAGAAGAUCUUCAAGGCUUUUCCUUGGCAGAGACCCUUGUCCAUCUCUUUUUCCCACACUGCUCUUGGUAAUGAUACUGUUCACCUAUUGAAACUUGUCUCUCAAGCUCUUACUGAUGCCCAAGUGAAAGUCUUGCACACUUCACUAAACCUUGAAUUAUAUAGCAAGUCCUUAACUGGUCUGUACGAGGAGAUGGCAUAUAUCAUAGCCCGAGACGCACCUCUCAACAUCAAUAUCCAUGAGAGGGCAGACAGAGAAAGUAUCACAUUUACCAUAGAGGGAAACAGAUUUGGUCAGGAUUAGCAUAAACUAAUAGGUACAAGAGGGAUUUAGGCUUUGGCAAAUGAUCAGAACUAGUAGUGAGAGAGUGGAAGGUCAAGAGUAUUGUAUUGAUUUAAGUGGUUAUAAAAAGUUAGGGUGUUAAGGAAGAUAAGUAGUAUUAAAAAACUUUAAUUUAUGUUUAUUGUCAGGGAUUUAUAGAACUGUUUACACUUGACAUAGAAUAUUGUUAUGCAGGUGUUGGAUACUGUGGUGCAUGAGGCCAGAGGUGGUUGCUUGUUGAUGAGUCAGCAGUGGGUUGGUAAGCCAUGGACUUAUGAUUGCCUGUCGCCACCCAUUUUGCAUCAGAUCAGUGGCUGAACUUCCAGGAAGAAUGUGUCUCCAAGGAGUCAUUGCAUUUAGUGCUUAUGUAGGCUGUAGGAGAGAGCUAGCCAGGAGGUAGUCACCAGUCAGGAAGCAGUCAAUAAGUCAGCAGAGAGGUAGAAACCAAAAGUCAUGACUGGCCGCGGUGAAGUAGCGGGUCAGUGAUAAGAGAAAAGAGGCUUGUGACGUAAGGUGUAAUAUAACUGAGAUGCUGUGACAGUAGUCAGAUGUUGUGGCAUUGAUAUCGAGCAUACUGUGACAAGUAGAGUGAUAAUAAUAUAUCGAAGUGUUGUAACAGUGGCCCUUAAAUGUAUAGUUUAAAAUAUAAGUGUGCAGUUGAGCAGUGUUACAUUUAAUGUAAAGCAGUGCAAAAGUGAUAUUGUAUAAUCAGAGAUCAAAGAACUUUAUAUAUAUAUAUAUAUAUAUAUAUAUAUAUAUAUCCUCCAUGGGGAAGUGGAACAGAAUUCUUCCUCCGUAAGCCAUGCGUGUUGUAAGAGGCGACUAAAAUGUCGGGAGCAAGGGGCCAGUAACCCCUUCUCCUGUAUAUAUUACUAAAUUUAAAAAGAGAAACUUUAGUUUUUUCUUUUGGGCCACCCCGCCUCGGUGGGAUACGGCUGGUAUGUUGAAAGAAAGAAAA